GGAGCGCGGCGUCGGCUUCCGGCGGCCCGAGCGAGGUUGCGAAAGGUGAAGGCUUGUCCGAGCCUCUCGGGUUCACCCCUUUCCUCUUCUAGGGCGCUCCCGGCAGCGCCGACAUGGAGCCACCGGGGAUACGCGCCGCCCGGCUGUCCCUCGGCCUGGCGCUGCUUUGCUCUGCGCUGCGAGUUGCACUGGCGGCGCCGGCCGGCCCGGGGCCCCGCUCCGCUGUGGGGCAGUUCUGGCAUAUAUCUGACCUGCACUUAGAUCCAACUUACCACAUCACUCCUGAUCACACCAAAGUUUGUUCUUCUUCCAAAGGAGCCAAUGCCUCUAACCCAGGCCCUUUUGGAGACUUUUUAUGUGAUUCUCCUUAUGAGCUUAUUUUGUCAGCAUUUACUUUCAUGAAGGAUUCAAAACAGCAGGCUUCAUUCAUGAUUUGGACAGGAGAUAGUCCUCCUCAUGUUCCGGUGGAAGAACUCUCCACAAAGUUGGUCAUUAAUAUCAUUGGCAAUAUGAGCUCUACAAUUCAGAGUUUCUUUCCAGAUCUUCAGGUUUUUCCGGCCUUGGGAAAUCAUGAUUACUGGCCACAGGAUCAGCUUCCUGUAACCACCAGUGAAGUUUAUGAUGCUGUAGCAGAUUUCUGGAAGCCUUGGCUAACUGAUGAAGCCAUCGGUACCUUCAGAAAAGGUGGCUUCUACACACAACUGUUUGAAUCGAGUGUGAGCUCUGAACCACUCAGGAUAAUCAGUUUGAACACAAAUUUGUAUUAUAGCCCAAACCACGUGACUGUGAAUAUCACAGACCCAGCCAACCAGCUGGCCUGGCUGGAGGGAAUACUAGAAGCCUCUUCACAAAAGAAGGAAAAGGUGUAUAUAAUAGGACAUGUACCAAUAGGAUACUUGCCAUAUGCAAGGAAUACUACAGCUAUCAGAGAAUACUACAAUGAGAGACUGGUAAAAAUUUUUCGCAAAUACAGUGGUGUUAUUGCUGGGCAGUUUUUUGGACACACUCAUAGAGACAGUAUCAUGGUCCUCUUGGAUGAAGAAGAAAAGCCAGUAAAUUCCUUGUUUGUGGCUCCUGCUGUAACCCCAGUGAAGAAUGUAUGGCAAAUGGAGUCCAAUAACCCAGGUGUCAGAUUCUAUCAAUAUGAUCUCCUUAAUUACAGCUUGCUGGAUCUUUGGCAGUUUUACUUGGACCUCAGAGAUGCCAACAAGAAAAAUGAAUCGAACUGGAAAUUAGAAUACAUCUUGACUAAAGCUUACGGCAUUGAAGACUUGAAGCCAGAAAGUUUAUAUGAAAUGGCCAAGCAGUUGUCUGUGCCACACAGCACAUUGUUUGAGCGGUAUUACAAUAACUUCAUUGUGAGUUAUAACAAAACCAUUGUCUGUGAAGAGGGGUGCAAGACCUGCCAAAUAUGUGCAAUCCAAUAUCUGGAUUAUUCCUCAUACACAGAUUGUAUCAGUCGGGAGGAAGCGUGGAGAUGAAGUCGCCAAUGCAAUUUAUGCUAAUGUUAACCAGAGCCUUUGAUUUAAAGAACCCGCUCAUCCUCUCAUUCAAGCUGUGAUGCACUGGCAGGGAACCUGUGGGACUUCUCUGAGUUUCAGGGGAGUAAUAAAUCUCCCUAGAUUUUUCUUCGAGUAAUCACAUUUUUCUUCCAUGUCUAAAUGAAAGUUUAUUGGCUAUGUAACAGUGGGCAGAUACUUGGCUGUUACUUCAAGUGUUUUGUGUCUCCAGUAAGAGGCAUCAGAAUAUAUGGGAAUGUAAGUUACUCAGUUCCUUGGAAAUACAAGGCUGUUGUUAGUUAUACAUGUAGACAAUGCCAUUUCGGGCAAGGGAUUUAUAUAGGGGCAGAUUUCAGUCAUCUGCAGGUAUUUUCAAAGCAAAAUUUGCAAAAUCUGUGUUUGCUGAGGCUGGGGAGCAGUUACCUUGUCGAUAUGAUGCCAGUAUUAGGCAUCUUCCUGUCCCUGUGCCAAGCUUCCUUUUCUCUGUUAAGCUGUUAAAUCCAGUUCUGUUUGGAGUCAUAUUCUAAUGACAGCAGCAAAGUGACUUAAUGUAUCACAGAACUCCAAACUGAAAAUGCUUAGUGCAAUUUCAGAAUAAGUGUCCAGCACCAAGUGCCUCUUUCUUGUAAUAGGGCUGUGUGUAUUAGUACUGCUCUCAAGCAAUCAACUGGCAUAAGAUUUUGCAGUACACUGUGGGUUAGGUUUAAAUCAAUCAGCAAGAAUCAUUAGACAAAGCAUGCACGUAUUAUGUGUAGUACAUGUAAACACAUACUCAUCAUGAUAUUUUUUGGGUUUCUCAGGUUUCUUUCUUCAAAGAGCGCUCAUUCUUAAUGCAAAGCUUUAUCACAUAGAAUCAUAGAAUAGGCCAUUAAUAUGGUGAUUGUUUGUGCAAGAUAAUAAUAUUAAAAAGACAGUUUGUAAUGUAACCAAGAACAGUGAGUUAAUAGGGAUUUUUGGCAGACUAUGGUGUUAGGAAUCAUAUAAUCACAAGGUUGGAAAGGUCCUACAAGAUCAUCUAGUCCAACCAUCCAAAGUAAAGGAUGGAAGUAUGGAAAAAUUUCAGUAGUAAAAUGUGGUGAUUCUUUUUGUGUUGAAUGUGUUUCUUGGUUGAGUUUCUCAUGGUUUUGUUCAUUAAAAAAUGCCUCUGUUACUAGUGUCUCUUCUCCAGGGGCAAGCAUAGUUAGGGGUGAAUAGCAUGCAGGCAAUAACAGGACAGAAGAGGUUGCUCCAGUUUGUCAGAUGGGUUUUGUUCAGUUCAGUAUAGUGCUUUGGACAACUGUCUCCUUCUCUGUUCUGGGUUUUUUGCUUUGUUUUGAUUUUUUCUGACUUAUGUUUAAACUACCAAAAAAAUCCCCCAGAAAAACAAAAAACCCCAAAAAACAAAAAGCACACACAAAAACCAAACCAAACCAAAACAACAACAACAAAAAAAAACCAAACAAACCGUACAAACUACCUGGAAAUGUGCAAUAAAAAUUACCUAGUUAUUUCCUUCUGUUGCCGAAUCUUAGGGAGAAACAGAACUAUGUAGCAGAUUAGUAGCUACAAAGUGCCUGAUGCUGUUAAUGAUCUGUUUGAAUUUUUGCUUCCUAGAUUUGUGUGUGUGUGUUCCUAUGUAGUGAGCAUGAACAAAUAAAUGUCUGCAAAUGUCUAAAUACCAAA